GCUGCGCGCAGCACUCGGGGCGCACCGGCGCUCUGGCGGCGGCUCGGGCUCCCGCUCCGCUCCAGGUCCGCUCGGGCUGUAGCGGUGGUGCCGCUGGCCCCAUUCGGCCCGGAUUCCGGCCCGGGCCCCCUCGGCGCCGCCCGCUCCGGCCCCGUCCCGGGCCUCAGCGCCCGCGGACCAUGCGCCGGGCACCCCCCGGCGAAGCCGGCCGGGCCGAGAGCCCUCAAACACCAGGCUCCCGGGCCGGGGCCCCUCCCGGCCGCGCGGCCGGCGAUCCGCGCCCUCUCCCGCGCCCCGGCGCCGCCUGAGCCGGCGGGGCCAUGGAGCGCACGCCGCCCGACGGGCCGCUGAACGCGUCGGGGGCGCUGGCGGGCGAGGCGGCGGCUGCAGGCGGGGCGCGCGGCUUCUCCGCCGCCUGGACCGCGGUGCUGGCCGCGCUCAUGGCGCUGCUUAUCGUGGCCACGGUGCUCGGCAACGCGCUGGUCAUGCUCGCUUUCGUGGCCGACUCGAGCCUCCGCACCCAGAACAACUUCUUUCUGCUCAACCUCGCCAUCUCCGACUUCCUCGUGGGGGCCUUCUGCAUCCCACUCUAUGUGCCCUACGUGCUGACUGGCCGCUGGCCCUUUAGCCGGGGUCUCUGCAAACUGUGGCUGGUGGUGGACUAUCUGCUCUGCACGUCCUCUGUCUUCAACAUCGUGCUCAUCAGCUACGACCGCUUCCUGUCGGUCACCCGCGCCGUGUCCUACCGGGCCCAGCAGGGCGACACACGGCGGGCAGUGCAGAAGAUGGUGCUGGUGUGGGUCCUGGCCUUCCUGCUGUACGGGCCUGCCAUCCUGAGCUGGGAGUACCUGUCGGGGGGCAGCUCCAUCCCAGAGGGCCACUGCUAUGCCGAGUUCUUCUACAACUGGUACUUCCUCAUCACGGCCUCCACACUCGAGUUCUUCACGCCCUUCCUCAGCGUCACUUUCUUCAACCUGAGCAUCUACCUGAACAUCCAGAGGCGCACCCGCGUCCGGCUGGAUGGGGUGCGGGACCCCGAGCCCGCACCUGAUGCCCAGUCCUCGCCCCCAGCGGCUGCGCCCGGCUGCUGGGGCUGCCGGCACAAGGGGCGAGGGGAGGCCAUGCCACUGCAUAGGUACGGGGUCGGGGUGGGUGAGGCAGCCCCUGGCACUGAGGCCGGGGAGGUGGCCCUCGGGGGCGGCAGCGGUGGGGGCGCCGCGGCCUCGCCCACCUCCAGCUCCGGCAGCUCCUCCCGGGGCACAGAGCGGCCGCGCUCGCUCAAGCGGGGCUCCAAGCCCUCGGCGUCCUCUGCAUCCCUGGAGAAGCGCAUGAAGAUGGUGUCCCAGAGCAUCACCCAGCGCUUCCGGCUGUCGCGGGACAAGAAGGUGGCCAAGUCGCUGGCCGUCAUCGUGAGCAUCUUCGGGCUCUGCUGGGCCCCGUACACACUCCUGAUGAUUAUCCGGGCCGCCUGCCAUGGCCACUGCGUCCCUGACUACUGGUAUGAGACAUCCUUCUGGCUGCUGUGGGCCAACUCCGCUGUCAACCCUGUCCUCUACCCGCUGUGCCACUACAGUUUCCGACGAGCCUUUACCAAGCUGCUCUGCCCCCAGAAGCUUAAGGUGCAGCCCCAUAGCUCCCUGGAGCGCUGCUGGAAGUGAGCGGGCUUCCUGGGCACCUGGGAGGCCGGGACAGGGCCCUCCCACUGCCACUCCCCCUUGAGGCUCUGCUUCCCCCCUCCUUGGCAGCCGGCCCCACCAUCUCCCACCUGGCUGCCCUGGCUGUCCCCCAGGUGGGAGCUACACCUUGUCUUCAGCCCACCUGAAAUGCCACGGCAGCCUCUCUUAGACCACCUGCCCAUGGCGGGGCAGCUCAGUGGGCUGGCCAGAGAGGCCCUCGCUGUCUGAGCAGAAUGUGGACGCCUGCCCUGCCACCCAGACCCUGGCUCCACCCCAGGAGGGGCCGUCCCAGCCCUGUUGCCCACCCUCCACAGAUGGUCUGAUGGCCAGUGGCGCCCACCCUCUGCACAGUUACUGCUUGGUGUUCUUCCCAAAGCGAGUGAUUGGUGUGUGCUCCGUGCCCUGUGCCGCUGCAGUCCGCCCCGCACGUGCACACACCUGCACAGGACACCCCCCACCCCCCGUCAACAAGCCUGGGCCGUCGGCUCUGCUGCUGUCUGUCCCCUGCUUAAGCCCAGGCGUCAGCUCCAUCAUCCUUCAUUCUUCCAACUCCCUCUGCCCCCGAAGUGCCAAGUGCCCCCCGGGAACCUCGUGGCCGUUCUCCGCUCUUCCAUUCUGGGUGUUUCAGGAAAACGAAGAAGAAAACACGUCCGUGAACCCCAUGUUCCUUGGCUGUUUAAUCAAGAGAGACAAAAUUGCUGAGGAGCUCAGGGCUGGAUUGGCAGGUGUGGGCUCCCACGCCCUCCUUCCUCGUGCUGCUGCUUCCGGCUGAGCUGCGCCAGCUGCUUCUGCCCGCCCCGUCCCCGGGCUCGGGGUGCUGGGCCCUGCCUGGCGGCUCUGAGAGCGGCCGGAGCGCUGGACGUGUGCUUGUCCAGAAGACUGCCCCUCCCGCUCCAUCUGCUCAACCAGCCUCCUGGGGCUGGCGGCUGGGAGGGGACUGGCCAUGCCCUGAGGGUCCCGAGGCUUGCAGGGGCAGCCCAAAGAGACCAGGGUCCCGGGGCAUGCCCAGGGGAGGGGCCAUUCGCCAUGUCCCGUGCACCCGUCGGCGCUCUGCAUGCCCUGCCCCCUGCGUGUCCACGCGCUAUCUUGCAGACUCUGAGGUCCACAGUAAAGCGUAUUUUUUUAUUGGUGCUGAUUCCAGAGAACUUCUUGGGGAGCGGUGUGGGCUGAGCUCCUGUACAUCA